AUGGGCCCCCCCCGCCACGGCCCGUCCCCGCAGCCCCCUGCAGCCCCUGAGGAGCCGGGUGGCCUCGUCCCCAGCGCCAGCCUCCUGCAGGUCACCGAGCGCAGGCAGCCCCUGAGCAGUGUCUCCUCGCUGGAGGUGCACUUCGACCUGCUGGACCUGACGGAGCUGACGGACAUGUCGGACCAGGAGCUGGCUGAGGGCUUCGCUGACUCUGAUGAAGAGAACGUGGCCGGAGAGGGUCCUGGUGGGCUGCAGCCAGCACCGCGGGCCGGUUACCUCCGCUCUCCCUCCUGGACCCGGACACGGGAACAAGGCCGGGACAAGAAACACCUCAACGAUCCACCGCUGCCACCAGCACCCCCAGACCCCCCCUUCCUGCCCCCUGAGCGCCCACGGGACCCCUAG